ACUAGCCAGUUAUAAAUCGCGUGUUGAACGAGAAGAUUGUGCCGGUCUAUUUCAAAAUUAUAUUUUUACCUAUAAUUAUUAUCGCGAACAUGUGUUCUUUUCUCUAGUGACUGUGAAUACACUGUGACGUCUUUUAGAAAAAGGAACUGGUUAAUUUGUUUGUUGAGUUUGUGUUAAAUCAUUCAAAAUGAGAUUAGCAGGGGCCAUUUUCACUAACGUAACGAAAAUGCUAGAUUUUUACUCCCAGUUUAAUCCAUCGCCGUUGUCAAUCAAGCAGUUUAUAGAUUUCGGUCUAAAUGCGUGCGAAAGGAAAUCUUUCCUUUUCCUCAGAAAGGAGCUCCCAGUGAGGUUGGCGAACAUAAUGAAAGAGAUAGCUCUACUGCCGGAGAACCUGCUACAGAUGCCUUCAGUGGGUAUGGUGAACCAGUGGUACGAGAGGUCCUUCGAGGAGAUCAUAGAGUUUGAGAAGAUGGAGCCUGAACCGCCUAUAUUGAGCCAAUUCUGCGAACGCCUGGUCCACAUUCGCAACCGUCACGCGGAUGUUGUCCAAACGAUGGCCCAGGGCGUCCUCGAGCUGAAGGAGUCUCACGAGGUGGACACGGGCACCGAGAACUCCAUCCAGUACUUCUUGGACAGAUUCUACAUGAGCCGGAUAUCGAUCAGGAUGCUCAUAAACCAGCAUACCCUCCUAUUCGGCGAACCGGUGGGCGGCAAGCAGGCCUCCGUCAACGGAAUGGGCUCCGGCGGCCGCCAUAUUGGGUCAAUCGACCCGGCAUGCGACGUCGUCGGCGUGGUGAAGGACGCGUACGAGAACGCGAGGUUCCUGUGCGACAGAUACUAUCUGGCUGCGCCGGAGUUGGAGAUGUUGCAAGCUGGCGUGCCAAGCGAGCGGCCGAUGCCAGUGGUGUACGUCCCCUCCCAUCUCUACCACAUGCUGUUUGAGCUGUUCAAGAACGCGAUGAGAGCCGUGAUGGAGAAUCACCAGGGCAGCCCGCCGCCGAUACAAGUCAACAUUGUCAAUGGGAAGGAAGAUAUAUCGCUCAAAAUGUCUGACCGCGGCGGCGGCAUCCCGCGCAGCGUGACCGACCUGCUGUUCAAGUACAUGUACAGCACGGCGCCGCAGCCCUCCAAGUCGGACUCGCACACCGUGCCGCUGGCUGGAUACGGCUACGGUCUGCCUAUAUCUAGAUUGUACGCUAGAUAUUUCCACGGGGAUUUGGUGCUCAUGUCCUGCGAGGGUUACGGCACUGACGCAGUAAUAUAUCUGAAGGCUUUAUCAAACGAAGCGAACGAGCUACUACCAAUUUUCAACAAAACAUCGACAAAAUUCUAUCGGCCCGUACAGCAGUUGGCCGACUGGUCGGGUCCGGCGCACCAGAAGAACAGGGAGAAAGUGUCGCCUCUAUCAUCACCGCUGUUACGCAGUCUAUAGUCCGAAACCGAGGAGUGAGUAUAAAAAUUCACUCCGUUAUAUGUUAAGAUGCCAGUGUUUUUCUUUUCUUUUUUUAUUGAUAGUUCUCAGUUUGAAUUUGAAUGUCGAAAUGUUAUUUGAAUACUGGCAACAACUGAAGGUGUCACUUCUAUCAUAACAUCAUCAGUCUAUAGUCUGUAACCGAAAUGAGUAUUGAAAUUCACUCUGCAUUCACUAUUUAUUGUUAGCGGUUUUUUUUAUUGUUCUAAAUUUGAAUGUCGAAAUAUUAUUUAAAUACUGGCAACUCUGUGGUCUCAUCUAAUUCGUUGUCUUUAGUCCAUAUCUUAGAAAGAGUAUUAUAAAAAUUCACUCAGAUUUAAAAUUUUCUUCCAUAUUUACCUAUUGUAGCUGCCAACAGUAUUUUGUAAUUUUUUCAUUAAUUGAAAUAUUUUUAAAUUGUAAAAUUAGUGGUACAACUAAUUCUGACGUCUCAUUAACCUAGUAGUCUAUAAACCAAGAAGUGAGUGUUAAAAUUUUUCUUCGUUAUUAUUGUUAGCAGCCAGUGAUAUCUUUAUUAUUCUGAAUUCGAAUUUGUUGAAGAUAUUUUUCUUAUUCUUGUUAAAAUACUGGCAAAAACUUGAGAUGUAAUUCGAAACAAAAAAAUAAUUAUUUCAAUUGAGUUAAUUUUUUUUUAAAUUCUCAAAUGAUGUUCUGUUUUUGAAUAUCAAAAUGAGAAGAUUUUUCAAAACAUUGUAAACCGGUUUUAAAACAUUGAAAGUUUCUAAUACAAAAUUUUAAAAACAAGGCAUGACUUUUACCCACUUAUAAAUUUCGGUAAUUUGACUCGUUUUUUUUUAAGGAUUUCUAAGACAGAAAAGUUUUUAAUGGGAUUAAUUAAAUAGUGUUGUAAGGACAAAAUUAUUGUAUAAAAUUGUUUCACCCCCAAAUACACUAUAUUACACUUGUCUAAUGCACGUCAAGUAACCGUGUGACACAUUACUUGGAUGGGCCGCCAUUUGUCUAAUAAAUAUAGCUUGAUCUUUGUUAGAGCAGGAUGUAAAGAUAGCUAUGACAUAGGUGUGAAAAAGACACGACUUUUUGGAUCAGAUUUUUAUCUUCUUCUGUUCCCGCGGGAAUAUCGGGCAAUGCUCUCAAAGCAAAGAACUUACACGCCAAAUUUCAAGUGUGUCAAAGACCCAGCGGUUUGGGCUAUGCGUCUAUAUGUCAGUCAGUCAUUCACUUUCUUCUUCUUAUAUAUAAAAUUCUCGUGUCACAAUGUUCGUUCCCGUACUCCUCCGAAACGGCUUGACUGAUUCUCAUGAAAUCUUGUGAGCACAUUGAGUAGGUCUGAGAAUUGACCAACAUCUAUUUUUCAUACCCCUCAGUGAUAUGGGUUGUCCACCCUUAAAUUUUUUUUUAACUAGAAAUUACAUAAAAAUUAUUUAUAUGGCAAAGCAACGUUUGCCGGGACAGCUAGCUUAUAUAUAAAUUUAUAUAGAUUUGAUAUCAGCCAAUAGAUCAGAAAUCAAGCUAUAUUUUACAGACUAAUAGCAUGUUAAAGUUAGAACUGUAAUUUCUAGAUGGCAUUAUUUAAAACUAAGUCAGGUAAUUUGGGCAGCUUUAUUAGAAAGCAAAAGUUGGCCAAUAUAAUAAAGCAGUAAUAUGUAGUUGUCCCUUUCUUUGAGUCCAAGUUUCAGCGUAGAAUGAAAGAGAUGGAACUAAAUUUAGAAUUGCGAUGGCAAUAAGUACAAUGUUUAUACUCAUAAAUUUAUAUUUGGAAUGUUGUUUCUAGAUUAAUAUUGCCGUCAUGAGAUGCUUCACUAUUUGGCGGGAAUCGGUAUAUUCUUUUUUUUUAAUUUACAUAACGUCAUUUUAGUAUUUCAGAUUUUUAUAAAAAAAAAAUACAAAAAUAAUUUGUUUCCAUAUUUUUUUGCGAAAUAUUUUAUUUUUUAUUACAUAAUAAUCUAUUAAUUUUGCAUAAAUUGACAAAUUUAUGUUUAAAAACCCGGCCAAAUCGGGAAGCAUCCGCGUUAAUGGUGAGAAAAAUGAUAUCGCUGUCUCUUUCUUUUAAAUAAAGUGGAAGCGAGACGCCCUAUAAGGGUUUAAAUUAUAAGUUUAUCAUUCGUAUAAUUUAUGUGAUUGUGAUAUAAGUCUUAAGUAUAAAUGUGUAGAAGCCAAAAAUAGACUGAAGAUUGGAAUUUGUGUAAGAUCACAUAGUUUUAAUAUAGAAUGAUAUAAUUAUGACGAUGUUAUAAAAAGUAUAAAAUUAUAAUUUUUACUCUAAUAAAUUUUAUACAAGAUAUGACAAAUGAGAGUAUAAUCAACCAAAAAAAUCAUCUGAACUUUUAUCCGCCAUUUUAAAGAUGAAAUGGACCUUAACUUUUUGAACACAAAUAUUUAACGAAUUUUUUUUAGGACUUUCAUUUUAAAGGUUAAAUACAGUCAAAUAACUAUUUUUCAUAAGUUGAUAAUCUCAUCUCAAUUUGGCCUUCCUAACAUUGUCCGAUUAUAUUAAAACUAUGUGAUUUUCAGGCAAAGAUUGGAAAGUUACUACUCUAUGAAAAAAAUAUCAUAUUUUUAGGAAUUUUAAAAAAGAUUUUUUCGAAUGCAGUAUGACUGUGUAUUGUGUGAUGAUAUUUUUUUUUGUUUUUAUUUUUAAUAUAUCAACUAUAUUUUUUUAUCGUCAGCAUUGAAAUCCAGUUAAGUUCAAUGUAAAUAGUUGAUUUCAUUUCUACAAUGAGGUCCCAGGUUUAAUCCCUGUUCAGGUAUCGAUAAAAAUUUUGUGAUAAACAAGCCCCAAAAACAUAAUACCCUAUUUGCGCAGUCGGGAAAUCAUUUUGUAUACCUAUUUAUCUUUUAUUCUAUGCCUUGUAUUGAAAUGAAUAAAAGCAGGAACUAAUUAUAAUAAUAAUGAAAAUGUAAAUCUAAUUUACUUUGACGUUUAUACCUUUAUAAAAUGCAUGUUGCCAUAAAAAAUAGUAAUUAAGGCCAAAAAUUUCUUUUAUAUAUUCUAUAUUUUUUGUUUUUUAUUAAACUGUUUAUGUUAUUACUUAUUAUUGGGAUUUUUGUUGUAGGCGAUGGGCUAACAACCUGUCACUAUUUGAAUCACAAUUCCAUUAUAAAGCGUUAAUGGCCCAUUCGGUCUUUUCAAGACUCUGGUUCGGCUCUGUCUAGCCCGCAAGAGAUAUAGACGUGAUAAUGUUUAUGUGUGUAUAUAACAGGAGCAUUGUGUUUUAAAAUAAUUCAAUUUAGCGCCUUCAUACAUUAUUGUUCUCUUAAUUUAAAGCACUACCAUUUUUAUUAUUUUACUCGAUAAAAUUAAAGUACAAGAGUGGAUGUGUUUAAACUAUAUAAAGUAUAUGUAUUGUAGCGCUCUGUAUGUAUGUAUGUUUAUUGAAAUGAUAUCACCUGCAUUUUGUAUUUGACUAUAAGUAUGAUUCCAAAAUUGUUAAUAAUUUAUGUUUAGGGUGUAUAUGUAGAGAGAAAUAUUUAAUUUUUACAAGUAAAAUAAAUAUUUGAACACCUUUA